AUGAAAGCAUACUGGUUUAACAACGAGGCGGGCGACCAACGCCUACCUCACGAUUCUGGACGAGCAGUCACCCCAGAUUACCUUGCGAAGCUCGGCGUUCUCUAUUACAAUUUCAACAAGGAGCAAGAUGUUGAUAAGUUGGCCACCGAGAGAAGCUACAAGAACAGGGAUGUGAUUACUGUUUCGCCAGAGAAGUUGGGAGAUAUCUACGAAGAGAAGGUCAAGUCGUUCUUCCAUGAGCACUUGCAUGAGGACGAAGAGAUCAGAUAUAUCAGAGAUGGUUCCGGAUUCUUCGAUGUGAGAAGUGAGGGUGAUGAGUGGGUUAGGAUCUUCUUGGAGAAGGACGAUUUGAUCAUUCUACCAGCUGGCAUUUACCAUCGGUUCACAACGGAUGAUAAGAAUUACAUUGUUGCUAUGCGCUUAUUCAAGGAAGAGCCAAAGUGGACACCACUUAACCGGGGUCCUGAGGUCGAUAUCAACCCUUUCCGAAAAGAUUACCUGCAGUCACGAACCGCAAUGGCAAGCUGA